AUGCCAGAGGUGGUCUCCAAGGUCGAAGAACUGAGAACCAAUAUGCUGUCCGAAGUGAGAGAUCCAAUUCUUCGACAGAUGGCAAGAUUGGAGGAUUGUCUUGCCAGCCUGCGACAGUCGAACGAUCGCGCUAUGGAAAAUGAAGGUAUCGAAGCACGAAACACAUAUCCGCAGGCCCCAUGUAACCGCCACCGUCAACGUCGUCGUCGCUGCGAUUUCCAUUGUCCCUGUCGAUGUCACGUAAUAGCGAACUAUUCGCUACAGUACAACACCUGGAAGUUGUCAUUAUUCGGCCUGGUGGUUAGAGUGUCUGGUGGCUCUAUCGGCGGAGAAUGCACGUCUCAGGCUUGUGUCAACACAAACUUGCCCCGGGCUAAAGAGGUCAUGCUACACUACAACUGCCCGAACUGGCUAUACCGAGGAGGCAUAUCAGCCUUCUUUUCAAGCAAUAUGCAUGGCACACCCGAGCUAAACAUCCGCAUGUUCAACCGUCUGGAAACUGGAACACCGGGCACGGCCACAAACAUCUUUGGUUGCAUUGAAAGACGGAAUGUCGAAGGGGUCAGACAAUUACUUCAAGACAAGCGUGCAUCUGUAUACGACGUUCGAGGCAGUACAGACGAGACCCCAUUGCUCGCAGCCCUUUAUAGGGUCAACAUCCCAUUGAUUCGACUUCUAUUACAAGCAGGGGCUGACCCAUUCGCUGAGGCUGACAGGGACCCCAAGGUCCUAUACGAAGCGAUUCAGAUACACCUGUCCGGCAGACCUGGGUCCCAUGAGCUCAUAGAGUUGAUACCCGCCUUCGAAAGUAUUCAGUUAUCUCCUUUACACCUUAUUGUCAGCGGAGUGCUACAUGCGAAUCUUGGAGAAGCUCUCGGCAAGCCGGAGUACCUCUCUUACUUGAACCAUGUUGAUCCGGAGAGCACAUGGAGCCCACUUGAUAUGGCAGCAUUUAAGGGAGACACAGAAGCCGCCUCGAAACUCCUGAAGGCGGGCGCGUCGGUAUCGUUGAAAAAGAAACACGGGACGCCACCCCUAUUUCAAGCAUGUUGGUUCAGCCACUACGAAGUAGCCAAACUGCUUGUUGAGGCCGGUGCAGAUGUGAACGCGGUCAUUGAUGAUCGCGGCACAACACCAAUCAUUUGUGCUGUAAACGCAAUAGGGGAUGCCGUUGACGGUAGGAUCGUGUCAUUGCUCAGGCAACAUGGCGCUGAUGUCAAUUGCGAGACAUGGAGAGGCGCGACACCUAUCUGUUUUGCCGCUUCGCGAACGAGCCCAAAUGCAGUAACUUUACUCGUCGAGCAUGGUGCUAAUGUCAAUCAUGUUGACAAGGAUGGUGACACACCCCUCAUCUAUGCUGUCUUCUACUCGCGGCACGAAAACGUCAGAAUUCUACUUGAGCGCGGUAGUGAUUAUCGCUAUAAAAACCGAGACGGGAAGGGUAUUCUUCACUACUUGGCGGCAGUUGCCGAUGUCGAGAUGCUCAAAAUCUUUACAGACGCCAAGAUGCGGGGGCUUGCUGAUGAUCUGGACGGCGGUCAGAAGAUGAAGACGCCCAUCGAAAUAUUCAACCAGCGAGAGUCGACAGCGGAGCUUCGUCAGGCGUUUAAUGAGCUGCUGGAAAGUAUUAACAAAGACGAUGAAGAAGAAUCUGAGGGAAGUGAUGAGUUUUGUGAUGCUGUUGAAGAGCUAUAG